AUGGAGAGAAGAGCUUUGGCUUUGAGGGAGAUGAUCAAGAAGCAUUGUCCUAAGAAGGAGAAUCUGGACCCUCGAAAGUGGGUGACAGAGGAGACCGUGAGGGGCUUUGCUGACUUCAUAACCAACAAGCACUCGGACAAAGAGACAGACAACAGCUUUGACAACAAAGAGAUGUUGCUCGAUGCAGAGAAGCAGUUUAUGGAAGCAGCUAAGAGGAAUGAUGUGGAGACCAUGAAGACUCUUGUAAAGGGACUGAACGCCAAUGCAAAGAAUGUGCAUAAUAGGACUGCCCUUCACUAUGCAGUAGCUGGCAAAAACAAGGAAGCUGUCCAACUCCUUCUACAGCGCAGGGUCAAGGUGGACCAAAAGGAUAAGUAUGGCGUGGCACCCAUUCAUUUGGCUGCCUGGUUUGGCAGUUUGGAGAUCCUGAAAUUAUUAGUGCAGGCUGGGGCUGAACACAAGGUUGAGAACGAGGAAGGACUGAACAUUAUGCACUGCGCUGCUAUCAACAACCACACUGAAAUUGUCGAGUAUAUUAUUAAUGACCUACAGAUGAAAGAACUAGACAAAGAUGACCAGUCAGGGCAUCGCGCAUUUGCAUUGGCGGCAAAGCAUGGGUGUGUGGAAAUGUUAGAGAUGCUGAUGGAGCCAUACAAAAUGGCCACCGUGAAGCCCAACAAGAGAGGUGACACGCCCCUGCACUUAGCUGCCAGCAACGGCCACUUGGACGCCAUCCAACUGCUGCUGCAGAGCUUUGAUACUCGGGAUGAAGUCAAUAUGGAUGGUGAGACGGCUCUGUACCAGGCGGCGGACAACGGACAGGAAGAAUGUGUCCUGGCCCUGCUGGAGGCUGGCUGUGACCCCGACAUCCUCACAAUGGCCAAAUGCAGCGCUCUCCAUCCAGUUUCAGAAAGAGGAGACACAUCUAUUGUCCAAAUCCUUUUAGAGUACAAAGCCUUUACUGACUUUCAGAAUCAGCACCUAGCGGCUCCUCUCCACCUGGCAGUGAAGAACAGUCACAUCCCUGUCAUCCAUUCUCUACUGGAUGCUGGCUGCAACAUUAAUGUCACCGAUAAGAGGUCCCGGACUGCUAUGCAUCUUGCUGCAGAGCUGGCCAGAAUAGAAGUAGUGGAGAUGCUUCUUAAAGCCGGGCUGGAUCUGACACUCCAGGACAGGCAGGGUAAGACGGCUCUGGGUACGGCAGCCAGAGCAGACGAGGUGAUUAUUGUGGACAUGAUCAUCAAAGCAGAGAGAUACUACGCCUGGAAGACGGCCAACCCUGAGCUUAAUGAGAGUGUUCACAGCGAGUAUCCGCUAACGUUUAAGCUCGACCACCGCUUUGGGACCAGGCAGCUCCGUUCGAUGGCCUGGCGCCUGGCGUACAAGCUCCUGAAACCAGGAGACUGGAAAAGACUGGCAGAACACUGGGGCUUCACUAAGGACCAGGUGUCUGCCAUUGAGGAGCAGUGGACAGGUCAGCACAGCUACCAAGAGCACGGGAACAGGAUGCUGCUGAUCUGGCUCCACGGGGAGGAGUUGGCUCAAAAGAGCCCUGCCAAAGAACUGUACCAGGGCCUCAUCCUCACAGGGAACACAAAAGCUGCAGAUAAGAUUCGGACGGAGGCAGUGACUGCCAGCAAAAAGAGCUGCAGCAUUUCAUGAAGACAAAAUUAACUCCAUG